ACGGCGCGUCACGGCGGGGCCGGUGGCGGCGAUGGGUGCGCUCCGCUCCGCGCCCGCCAUGGCCGCCCGCAGCCCCCGGGCCCUGCUCGCCCUCGGCCUGGCCCUGGCCGCCGCCGCCGCCGCCCCCGACCCGUUCUCGCCCCAGCUGGGAGACACCGCCGGGUGCCGCGGGCAGUGCGGCCGCAGCCUCCCGCGCCGGGCCGCCGCCGAUGCUGUUCUCAACGCCUGUUACCGGGGCUGCCGGCUGUUCUCCAUCUGUCACUUUGUGGAUGCGAGCGCUGAGCUGAACACUACCAGGGCCGAGUGUGAGGCAGCCUGCACUGAGGCCUACAGCAGCGCAGAGGAGCAGUUUGGCUGCGUGACCGGGUGCCGCAAGCAGCUGCCCGAGGUGGAGAGCAGGAAGGAAAAGAGCCUGGAGCUGAAGGUGCCGGUGCUCUCCAUGUUCGAUUUGGUCUCCACCUUCUGCAACGACAUCGUCAGCUCUGCCCAGAGCUUCAUCUCCUCCACUUGGACCUUCUACCUGCAGGCAGACAAUGGCAAAGUCGUGGUGUUCCAGUCCCAGCCUGAGAUGGAGUAUCCAGUCCUUGCAGUGCCGGAGACCCAGCCAGCGCAGCCAGGACCGGGACCUGGUCCCCAUGUCCCCCAGCCCCACACAGGCCCCCGGGUGAAGGGGGAGAAGCCCCCGGGGAAGGAGCCAAGGGGUAAAGCCAAGGGGCAGCACCCAGAGCCGCCGCCGCCGGAGCACGACUUCCUGGGCUGCAUGUCCAAGCGCUCGGGCCUUCCUCGCUGGAUCCUGGCCGCCUGCCUCUUCCUCUCCAUCAUGGUGAUGCUGUGGCUGAGCUGUGCCAGUCUGGUGACUGCCCCCGAGCAGCACGUCAAGACACAGCCUCUGAGCAUCAAUGGGGACAAGGAGUACCUGGAGGACCUGGAUGGCCCCAGCGCCUUCCCCCUGCCGCCCGUCAUCGCUGUCACCCUCUGCCCCGAACACGGUGGCGAGGACGCGGGGCCGCUGCCCCUCAAAGUCGACCUGGACAAGACCAUCCUGUAGCGCUCCCACCCCUUCCCGUCCCCUCUGUCACCAUCCCCAUGGCAUCAUCCCAGGUCCUGCUCCGCUGCCCCAUGUCCCAGCUCCUGGAGGAGCAUCUCUGGCUCUGGCACGGGGAGAGCCUGGCUCGGUCCCACUCUCAUCCCCAGGGAUGGCCACUGGGAGCCAGGCGGUGGCUUUGCCUGCUCCGGAGAUGUGCUGCUUGCUGGGAUCCUGGUUUCCAGCACUCGGGAGCCAAGAGCGGAGCUGCCAGAGCGGGGAGGCCGGGGGAGCCCGCUCUCGUGGUGGGGAGGUCCCACCCCUCCCGACCGGAGCCCCCCGGGCCCCGCAGCCCUCCGGGCACGGGUCCAGCGCUGGGCAGGAGGGAGCCGGCUGCGGUGGGGGAUGGAGAGCGUCUGCAGCGCUCUGGGCCUUGGCUCCGCACAUCCCCGGCCUCCCACCUUGGGCUGAGCCUCCAAGGCGCCGUCUCUGAGCCCUGGGAACUCCCUUCCGCCGGCCGGAGCCGAUUGCCUCGGGGAGCCGAAACGUGGCGAAUGGAUUUGGCGUUGGCAGCCGGCGAGGGGAGCGGAUCCCGCUGCACCCGUGCCCACGCGAGGACCCAGCCGGCCCCUUCCCGGCGCUGCGGAGGGGCCCUGCGAUGGCUCCUUCCCCUCCCUGCCCCGUGAUGUCUUUGGGGCGCCUGGUCCCAGGGCCCAAGGGUUGAUGGUGGGACCAAGCAGGGGACCAGGCGGCGUUUCCCUGCCUCGUGCUGC